UGGCGGUGUGAUGGCGGUUGUGUUGCAGGUUGGAAGCGGGUGAUAAAUACACAGUCCCUUAAAACAGAAACUGCAAUCGAGUCAGGAUUAGGGUGCCAAAGGCAGUGCAGGGUGCCAGCAUGUGGCACGAAGCCCGCAAGCAUGAACGCAAACUGCGUGGCAUGAUGGUGGAUUAUAAGAGACGGGCUGAGCGCCGCAGGGAGUUCUAUGAGAAAAUUAAAAAGGAUCCCGCGCAGUUCCUGCAGGUCCACGGGCGGGCCUAUAAAAUCCACCUGGACUCUGUGGUGGCCCUGGCUGCUGAGAGCCCGGUCAACAUGAUGCCUUGGCAAGGGGAUGCAAACAACAUGAUAGACCGCUUUGAUGUGCGGGCUCACCUGGACUACAUCCCCAAGUACACUCCGCCUCUCAUAAAUACUGUGAGCUCGGAGCAGGAGUCGGACGAGAGGAAGUGUAACUAUGAGAGAUACAGAGGUUUGGUGCAGAACGACUUUGCUAGCAUCUCGGAGGAGCAGUGUCUGUACCAGAUCUACAUGGAUGAGCUCUAUGGGGGGCUCCAGAAACCCAACGAGGAGGACAAGAAGAAGCUGGCUGAGAAGAAGGUAUCAAUUGGAUACACCUAUGAGGACAGCACUGUGACCGAGGCAGACAGCCUGUCUGAUAAAGGGGAGGACGAGGACGAGGACAACAGUGAGACGGACGAGGACGAAGAAAUCCCUGACAUAGAUGUGGAGGUGGAUGUGGAUGAGUUGGCUGAGGAGCAGGUGCUGGAAGUGAACAAGCUGGCCACCUCCUACGGCAUGGCAGAGGGAGAUUUUGUCAGAAUGCUUCGGAAAGACAAACAGGAGGUUGAAGCAAUAAAACACGCUAAAGCCCUGGAGGAGGAGAAAGCCAUGUACUCGGGUCGGCGGUCCCGAAGACAGAGACGGGAGUUCAGAGAGAAGAGGCUGAAAGGCAGGCAGAUCAGCCCUCCUAGCUAUGCCAGAAGAGACAGCCCUACCUACGAUCCCUAUAAAAGGUCUGCAUCCAAGUCCAGCUCGGGGUCCCGCUCCAGGUCUCGCACCAACAGCCCGAGCCAGGAGGAGAAGAUCACCUUCAUCACCAGCUUCGGGGGCAGCGAUGAGGAGGGAGCCCCCGGGAGAGCAGCCUCCACCGCAGCCUCCAAGCACAGCCCUGCCUCUGCCUCUGCCUCUACGGCAGCCUCCAGCUCAGCCACAGGUCAUAGCAGCUCCUCCCGGCGGCGCUCUACCUCCUCCUCGUCCUCGUCCUCUUCCUCCUCUUCCUCGUCCUCCUCGUCGUCUUCCUCUUCGUCUCGCUCGAGGUCGGGCUCCAGGUCACGGAGAGGUCAGCGCAGGACUGGCCGGUGCAGUCGCUCGCGGUCUCGCACACGCCGAAGGUCUGACUCGGACAGCAGGGGGCUCCUGCGGUCUCGAUCGCACAGCCGCGGAAGGCGCUACUCCGGGGGGACACGCACAAAGUCACACUCGCGGUCGCGCUCCCGCUCCACAGACAGGGUGCGAUACUCCUCCUCCCGUAGACACACCAGGUCUGGGAGUCGAUCUCGCUCGGUGGAUCGGUAUCGCAGGGGGGGGCUCAGCAGCGGCAGGGGGGCCAGGCAUCGCAGCAGCAGCCGGAGCGAGAGCCAGUCAGCCAGCCGCUCCCCCUCCCCCUCCUCCCCCAGCAGGAACAAGAGCAGACAGCCUGCUGCAUCGCCCGGCAUCGGGGACAAACUGAGAAAGGCUGAAACUCCUGGUGGUAAAGAGUCUGGAGCUGCCAAAUCGAAGCUGACCCCCCAGGAGAGGCUGAAGCUUCGCAUGAACAGAGCGCUUAACAGACAGCUUAAAGCCGAUAAGAAGGCUGCUCAGGAGAAGAUGCAACAGCAAGAACACGAGAGACAGGAGCGUGAGGAUGAGCUGAGGGCCAUGGCUCGCAAAAUCAGGAUGAAGGAGCGGGAGAGGCGGGAGAAGGAGAGGGACGAGUGGGAAAGACAGUACAGCAGACAGAGCCGCUCUCCGUCCAGGUCACCCAAGCACAGUAAGUACAACAGCACGCCUUCCUCCACAGCAUCCAGCCCUCUGACUGACACAACGAUUCCCUUACUGAGUCUAGUCCAUGACCGAUUAACACUCAAUACUGCUACAUUUGGAAAAACUAAAAAAUAUAACUGUUGAGUAAGAACAGGAUGACUCCAUAGAAGCAGUCUGGUGGUUGUGUCAUCCUAAAAUAAAACUCCUUUAAUGCCUUUUUAUUUUGAUACCUUUUAAUUAUAAGGUACAUUGCGUUAUUGUCAUUGGUACUUUCUAAAGGAGCGAGCUACGAAGAGAAGUUGGAAGGAACUGGAUUCGCUUAGCAUAGGAAAAAGAAGCCUUGAUGUGGGGAGGCUUGUUGAUUUCUUCACACAGUGGUGAGGGGAUGGAAUGGGCUGCCUAGUCAUGUUGGUGCUGAAUCAGUUGGAUCCACUGACCCGACCUUGGCAAAAGUUUUUAGAUUAAUUCGCUACUAGGAACCAGCUGAGCACUAAUUGGCUGAAUGACCUCUUCUCGGUUGUAAAAUUUGUUAUGUUCUUAAACUGAUAAGGCAUGGAAAAAAAUU